UUGGCAGACGACUGCGGUACGCGCAGCACCUUCGUACGCGCUCCGGAACAUCAAGACGGCGCUGACGACAGCUGAAAACAACUGACGAUCGACGACCCCAUGACCAGCGCGGAGGAAAUUUUGUGACAGUGCAGUGGACCGGGUAGUGGCAGAAAUUUUGAUUUAAGUGUAGAUUAGUGCGCGACAAGUGUAGGGAAAACUAGAAAACUGCAGUGUGCAUGGCUCAGCCACGGGUGUAACUUUAACAUUAAGGCCCAUCAGUGAUCAAAAUUCGAGUCAUGGAUGUUCUUCAAAAAAACUAUGAUGAUGGUAUCCAUCCGGGGUACAUGGACGGUGCGACAGGAGGCAUGUACGAACCACACGUGGCCCAUCGGCAGAGUUUACCAGGUCUUCAUCACUCCCCCCAUUUGAACCAUGCAAUGCACCCUUAUCACACGAACCAUGUGAACGCCGCGGCGAACCACGUCAUGGGAGGAACCGUACCCGAUGUGGGGAAGAGGGACAAGGACGCGAUCUACGGACAUCCUCUAUUUCCUUUAUUGGCUUUAAUUUUUGAAAAAUGUGAGUUAGCAACAUGUACACCCCGGGAACCGGGGGUUGCGGGGGGAGACGUCUGUUCCUCAGAAUCAUUUAACGAAGAUAUAGCAGUUUUUUCAAAACAGAUACGACAAGAAAAACCUUAUUAUAUAGCAGAUCCAGAAGUAGACUCAUUAAUGGUACAAGCGAUUCAAGUCCUACGGUUUCACCUCCUGGAAUUAGAAAAGGUUCAUGAAUUAUGUGACAAUUUCUGCCACAGGUAUAUAAGUUGUCUAAAGGGUAAAAUGCCCAUAGACUUGGUGAUAGAUGAAAGGGACGGUGGCAAACCCCCCGAGCUAACGGGCUCCACCAACGGAGACGGUGGCACCAGGAGCAACGCCGAUUCGACGUCGCAUACAGAUGGCGCCAGCACUCCAGAUGUCGUACAUGCAUAUAAAGAAGAGAAAAAAUUAUUUAUGGAACAGAGACCCCCAUCAUCGUCGUUAUCGUACGGAGGUCCGGUCAAUGAUGAUGUUAGAUCUCCUGGAACGCCUGGACCUCUCUCACAACCACCCGCAUCGCAGCAAAGUCUCGACGCGUCGGAUCCUGAUGCUAUGGGUAAGUGGUCCACUAGACAUUCAGUGCAGAUGUCUCUCUACCACUAUUGACGAUAGUUUGAGGUCAGGUAGGACGAGUAGACUUGAUGAUUUUUCCUGUAUUAAUUUUCAUAUUUUAACUAGUUAUUUAUUACUUAUUAGGAAUGUUUUGUCAUUAUUUUUUAUUACUUAUUGUAGUUUUUUGUUUGGAAAUAAAAAUACAGUUAAUAGAA